AUGGUCAACUUGGAAUUGUUGGAUUUUCUUAUAGAAAGCCAUGCUCAACUUGUUGCUGAACCUGUGAUGGGGAACAUGGAGGAUCUUUUUGUGCUCUACAAGGGAAUCUACAUCGCUUCUGGGGAUGAUUCGUACUCACUUGAAAGAUUUGUUGAGGAUAUAGACAGUAUAGCCAACACUUCCAAAGGCUCGAUCGUUUUUGAAGAGAAUAGACUGUUAUCGAUAGAAAAAUCAUCCCAUAUAACUAAGUACAUUAAGCUCAUAGAUGUGUACUUAUUGAACUUGCUGCAUGAGCAGUUAGUUCCAAGCAGUCGUGUGAAUCGUACCAAGAAUUCAAAAACAGAUGCCGUGGAAUGUGCACCUGCUAGCUCAUCAAAUUUGAUGGACCGUUUAAUGGUUGCUUUAGAUUCAGCAAUAGAGAUAAAAAGCGACAUAGAGUCACGGAAGGAAAAGGUUUGGAACCAUUAUCUGUUUUCGAAACUAGAUGAACUAUUAACAACUAACGUGGGGUCAAACAUUCUCGGGAAAGAGAGAGCCAUGCACAAUACUCCAGUUGCCGAGUUCAUUCCUAUCUGUGCGAAUACAGAGCAUUCGUCAUUACUAUCGACGUUAUUGUACAUUGUGAAUAACAAAAUAGUCUCUAUGCAGACUACUAAACUUAGUAAAUGUGAAGCACAAUGUCCUGGUUUCAAAGAAUGUCUUUUGAAUAACAUUCAUUAUGUGUCAAAUCUCAAGCCACAAACCGACCUGACUCUGGGCGAUUGUUCCUAUCUGGAUACAUGCCACAAACUAAGCACAUGCAGAUAUGUUCAUUAUCUUCAGUAUAUUCCUCAAAGCUUGAAAGAGAGAGUUUCCAAAGAGAGUCAGGAGAUGAAUAAAAUCAUGGAGACCAAAAACAGUAAGAUAUCGUAUUACACGCAUGGUGAAUGUUGCUCAUCGUCUUUCAAAACAUUAUUGCCACCGCAGUGGAUCUGUUGUGACGUGAGAAAGUUUGAUUUCAGAGUUUUGGGUAAAUUUUCUGCAGUGAUAGCUGAUCCUGCCUGGAAUAUCCAUAUGAAUUUGCCGUAUGGGACCUGCAACGACAUAGAGCUUCUGGAGCUGCCCCUGGAUCAACUGCAAGAGGAAGGGGUCCUGUUUCUAUGGGUGACGGGUAGAGCUAUUGAACUGGGGAAAGAGUCCCUAACCAAUUGGGGCUACGAGGUAGUGAACGAAAUCGCGUGGAUCAAGACCAACCAACUGAGCAGAACUAUUGUCACGGGCCGAACCGGCCAUUGGCUUAACCAUUCAAAGGAGCACCUCCUCGUGGGGAUCAAAGGGAAGCCAGAAUGGAUCAAUAGAAAUAUCGAUCUCGACCUAAUAGUCUCCAUAACCAGAGAAACCAGCAGAAAGCCAGACGAACUGUACGGAAUGGUGGAACGCAUGGUCGGCACACACGCCCGCAAGCUUGAGAUAUUCGGCAGGAACCAUAAUGUCAGACCAGGGUGGCUCACCAUCGGAAAUCAACUCACAGGCAAUUGCAUCCACGAGAUGGACGUCCAAGAGCGCUACGACAGCUUCUUGAACUCCGCCAGCGCUUGA